AAAUAAAAAAAAAAAAAAAGAUAGCAUCAGAGAACACCAAAAUGUGUUGAUGAUGCAUUAUGGGUUGAAAACCCAAUACUUACUCUUGGACUAGUUGAUCUAAAAAAAAUGAGCCCGAGUGUGAAUUCUCCACUUCAGUCCCAGUAUCUUCUGUCCAUCAGUGUGUGUUUACUCAUCUACCUAGAAUCUUGUUUCCUGUGUCUGUCUGUCCCUAUGUUUAUGUCCUUGUGUCCUCAUUGCUGUCCUUCACAAAGUGCUUUGCCCUGAACGACUCAGAAUUACAGAAAGCAUGAAUGAGGGAUUCUUUAUAGAAAUAUUGAAUAGAGCUUUAUAAGGGAAGAAACUUUACUGAUCCCCAACUAACCAGGAAGCACUUAGAAAAAUGAAGCACCUGUGAACAUUUUCAAGUCACAUCCAGAAGUCGCUUACAACAUGGAUGACCAGUAUUUGUUACUUAAAGUUGUUUCCAAUGUGUUGGCUGCUUUCAGCAAAUGAUUACCACAACACACACACACACACACACACACACACACACACACACACACACCCUACAUCACACCACACCACACACCAUACACACUUAUCUGGGUCAGGGGCAUAGAAGAGUACAUAAUUUCUGAUGAAAGAUAGCUGAGGUUAUCAAGGUUAUAGUAAGGUGUUCUCUCCACCCCCCAGACAGAAUUUCUCUAUUUAGUCCUGGCUGUACUGGAACUCACUUUGUCAGCCAGGCUGGCCUUGAAUUCAGAGAUCACCCUGGCUGUACCUCCUGAGUGCUGGGAUAAAAGGCAUGUGCCACCAUGUCCAGCUAUACUAAUUUUCUCCUAAAAUUCAGUUUAAACUUAAACCAGCUGAGUACACAGUAGGAUAGUGGGUUAGGUACAUAAUUCUUAAGUGAUCUCAAGCCGUAGUAUUUAUUGACUUUAUGUUGAACUGUGACCUCACCAGUUCAUCCUCUGGGAUCGAGAAGUAUUUUCAUAAAAUUGGAUCACUGUAGGCAGCUCAUCUACCUCUUUCGGGGUCCUAGUCUCUUAUUUGUCAAAGAAGGGGUCAGGAUGGAGUGGGAUGGAUGCCUUGAAGUGUUUAACAUUGUACUGAACACACACCAACCAGCUCUAGAGCUGCUCUCUCUACAGGAUUGCCCAACAGCGUUGCAAUAUAUUAGGGACAUUCUGAAAUUCUACCUGUAAAAUUCAUUAUAAUUUCUAGUUCUUUGGUUUUGUUUUACUACAUGUGUUUUCUCUAGGCUAGUCAUUUGAGUACAGGUGCUGCCUCCUUUAAAACAGGGCUCUUCUAACAGAAUGAGGCAGUGAGUAAGUCCAGUAGACCUGUGAUUUUUUUAUUCUUUGUUUUCUCAUGUACUUGUAGUUUUGCUGACUUCCCAGUGGCUCAUUCCCCUACUCCCAGUGGAACUGUUUCAAGAGCAUUCACUUGGUAUCCUAUAUGUAGGAUGCAUUUAUUUGCAGAAGCAUUAGUGUAGGAAACCAUGUAACAUUCUUCCAGGAGGGGACAGACACAUGUACACAUAAAUACCUACUACUAGCUUGUUUUGAGCAGGAGUGGGGAGGGCCUGGGGGCCACUAAUAUGGCACAAUCAUUAGUUUGAAAAGAUGCUAAGUCUGCAGACAGGAAUUUCAUUGGACCGGGUCUUUUGGUUCUGUUUUUCAUUAGUUCCCUUUACCCUGGUCAAGUUCUUAUAUGUUGUGCAUUAUCAGUUUUCUGUAGAAUAAUCUACAUUAUAAUCUGUGUCUCUACAAAAAUCUAAAUUUUAGAGAUGUGUCAUUAUCUCACACAGGACUUGGAAUAUUGUCAAAUAGGACUAGUUUCACUUUCACCUUAGCAUAGACUUAGCCCUGCUCCACCCUUCACCAGACCUUCAUAAGCCCAGAGUCCUAACAGCCUUUCUCAUUCACUCUCUUUAGAAACUUGCUUUAUGGUCUAGCUUCAUUAAAAGUUUCCUGACCAAUCAUCCUAAAAUAACUUAAAUUGCUUUGUGACAGUAAAUUAUAUAUUCAUUGAUAAGCUAUCAGUAUUGUUUUGUACAAUACAAGUUGCAGUAUUCUUUUUGUAUUAGAUUUACAGCAAAGAUAGUGAAUUCUUAGUAGAUAAAAAUAUGCAGUAUGUGAAUUUAUUACUAUAUCUUAAUUAUGAAAUAUUUUAAACAUGGGUCAGAGUGAAGAGAAAGGCCAGGUGUCUGCCAGGGAGCUCACAGAGCAACACUAAAGCCAUUCUGAGGAGUAGAUUUUCCCUUAUUUUACAGUGCAUAACAAAUGUGACCAAACCCUACCUCCAUACAGGCUUACUUCUACACAAGCCCCACCUUAACACACAUAAGCAAGCAGACAAUUUCUGUUCACCUGGCUUGCUCGUUCAGUCUGUUCUGACACUUGUCUUCCCCAAAGUACUAUUAGGACACAGGUUGAGGAUACAGUCUCCGAGACAGCUCUUUUCCCUUCAGAGUCCAGGCACACACUCUGGGUUGUUUUCCUUGUGCUUAUGAUAGCCAAGCUGUGGAUCAGUGCUCCCAUGAUCCUCUCUUGAGUUUUAUUAAUGUUCAAGAGCAUUCCCUAGGAUUGUGUGUGGCCAACACUAAAUUGUGCUCAGUGGUUGAUUAUAAAGAGUUUCACAGAGAAUAUUGAUGACUCAGAUGAAGAGAUGAAUAGGAAAAUAGGUAGAGGAAGCAAUUAAGACUCAAAUUUGUGGGGCUGUUAGAGAAACAUCUGUAUAAAAUAAGUGCUGAUGGUGUUACAUUGUAGCUGCAGUGGCUCCUUCCUUUUCUAAGUCAUAGCAGCAGUUAACACAGUGCACUAGAACCUUAAUAGACAAACACUUAAGUCCUUAUUUUUUUGUUUUUGUUUUUAAGUUAUUGAACUUAUGAGACUAUCAAUUCAAAUGGAUGCAUUAUAGUUCUUCGGAACCAUUAUGAUCUCAAAAGCAAAGGAGAAUGAUACAGAUACACUGACUGAGGUGUUUUGAGGUGCUUCGAAGUGUUCCAAGCUGUGACUUACCUUAACAUGUUCUUGAAGUACCAUGGCGUGGAUUAAAAGGAAGUUUGGUGAGCGGCCUCCACCUAAACGACUUACUAGGGAAGCUAUGCGAAAUUAUUUAAAAGAACGAGGGGAUCAAACAGUACUCAUUCUUCAUGCAAAAGUUGCACAGAAGUCAUAUGGAAAUGAAAAACGAUUUUUUUGCCCUCCUCCUUGUGUGUAUCUUAUGGGCAGUGGUUGGAAGAAAAAAAAAGAACAAAUGGAACGAGAUGGUUGUUCUGAACAAGAGUCUCAACCCUGUGCAUUUAUUGGAAUAGGAAAUAGUGACCAAGAAAUGCAGCAGCUGAACUUGGAAGGGAAGAACUACUGCACAGCCAAAACAUUGUACAUAUCUGAUUCAGACAAGAGGAAACAUUUCAUGUUGUCUGUAAAGAUGUUCUAUGGCAACAGUGAUGACAUCGGUGUGUUCCUUAGCAAGCGGAUAAAGGUCAUCUCCAAACCUUCCAAAAAGAAGCAAUCAUUGAAAAAUGCUGACUUGUGCAUUGCCUCAGGGACAAAGGUGGCGCUGUUUAAUCGACUUCGGUCCCAGACCGUUAGCACCAGAUACCUGCACGUAGAAGGAGGGAAUUUCCAUGCUAGUUCACAGCAGUGGGGAGCAUUUUACAUUCAUCUCUUGGAUGAUGAUGAAUCGGAAGGAGAGGAAUUCACAGUUAGAGAUGGCUACAUCCAUUAUGGACAGACUGUCAAGCUGGUGUGCUCAGUUACUGGCAUGGCACUCCCAAGACUGAUAAUUAGGAAAGUUGAUAAGCAGACAGCAUUACUGGAUGCAGACGACCCUGUAUCACAACUCCACAAAUGUGCAUUUUACCUUAAGGACACAGAAAGAAUGUACUUGUGCCUUUCUCAAGAAAGAAUAAUCCAAUUUCAGGCCACUCCAUGUCCAAAAGAACAAAAUAAAGAAAUGAUAAAUGAUGGAGCGUCCUGGACAAUCAUCAGCACAGACAAGGCUGAGUACACGUUCUAUGAGGGAAUGGGCCCUGUCCUUGCCCCGGUCACUCCUGUGCCUGUCGUAGAAAGUCUCCAGUUGAAUGGCGGCGGGGAUGUAGCCAUGCUUGAACUCACAGGACAAAACUUUACUCCAAAUUUACGAGUGUGGUUUGGGGAUGUAGAGGCCGAAACAAUGUACAGAUGUGGAGAGAGCAUGCUCUGUGUGGUCCCAGACAUCUCUGCAUUCCGAGAAGGUUGGCGAUGGGUCCGGCAGCCAGUCCAGGUUCCAGUAACUUUGGUCCGUAAUGAUGGAAUCAUUUACUCCACCAGCCUUACCUUUACCUACACCCCAGAACCAGGGCCAAGGCCGCACUGCAGCGCAGCGGGAGCCAUUCUCAGAGCCAACUCAAGCCAAGUGCCCACCAAUGAGUCAAACACAAACAGCGAGGGAAAUUACACAAAUGCCAGCACAAAUUCUACCAGUGUCACGUCGUCCACAGCAACCGUGGUGUCCUAACUACCGUCUUUUUGCUGGGACUUAAACUGACUUGAAUGCGGCAAAAAGUUGACAGAAAAAGGCAAGGAUAAAGUGAACAAUCUUUUGUGGUUUCUUGGGGAAACGUUCCAUACCAGGUGAUCUAUUCAAAACUGCAAGUGCAGAUGUGAAAUGCAGAAGCCACAGUGAAAUGAACAACAUCACAAUGUACAGGCUGCUGGAAAUCCAGUUUUCAGCUGUCUCUCACACACACCCCUUUUGGUUGUUUUUGGUUUGGUUUUGAUUUAAUGGUCAAGAGAUAGACAUGCGGCUGAGUACAGGUUAAGCUAGAAGACACAAACCUAACCUAGUUUUUAUGGACCAAGGGACUUGCAUAAGCUUUAGUAAAAGGUACAUUUUCACCAUGCCUUUUUUAUACUGCAGUAUGUCAAACACCUUGUUACCAAACAGGUUGCGCUCCCCACCCGUUGAGGGUUGGCUCUAAAGUCUAAUCAGGUUCUAGCCUGACCUUGCUUGUUCAAUCUGAGUACCGAACACUUCCAGGUUCUUUUGGUCUAAGGCUGGAACUUUUUUUAAGCUGAAGUCUUAUGACUUUUUCAUAAGUUGGAAUUAUUUUGAUUUCAGCAAGUCAAAUUUUGUAAAGGCCUGCAUAUUUUUUUUAUGAUUAUAUGAAGUCUGCAAAAGCUUUAAAAAUGCCUCUGCCUUGCCUGCAAUACAUGCAAUGUAUGUUAACUUAGUCUGUUCUCAGAUACUGUUGGUAGUUACUUCUGUGUUUUCCCCUUUUUAAAGAAAUGUAUUUAUAGUGGUAAUCUAAGAGAUGCUAACAGCUCAGUCGGGGUGGCCGUUCGGUGAUCCUGAGUUGAUGGCACUGAACACCGCCAUUUGACAGCUGUGCGCCUCUGCCUGUCCAUCACUUCAUCUGUGUUCCAGGAGUCGUCCAGGUCCCCUCCCCAAGUCUGUACAUAACUUGUAUUAUGUGUAAGUUAAACAUUUUUAAACAUUUUAUCUUUACUUGGAAUGUUCCCAGUGAUUACAUUUAACAGGGUGUUUCCUACCUUGUUGGCAAAUGGCAAAAAAUAUCAUGAGAAUUAUUUGCUACCAAGUUGGUGCCCUUAGGGUAAAAUGAGGAAAGUCUCUGCAGGAUGAUUUAUUGUAUUUUUUUUCCUUUUUUUUAGCCUAGCCAGAACAUCAUUAUAAUUUUAAACUUAAGACCAUAAGAUGGCUUUUAUUAGAUGAUAACUAAAUAAACUGAACUAAGUAGCCAGAAGACAGUACCUUAGAGACAGAUAGUUGUAAGUUUAUAAAAAUACAAAUGUAACUUAUAUUUCCAUUUUCCUCUUUGCCCCUUUGUUUAUUUUUCCCCAAUAGAAAUAUUCUGUCCAAUUUUCCCCUUUUUAAAAAGUUAAGCUUUGCUUACCUUCAGGCGUGUGUGUCAGCCUGUGUGCUAAUAUUGCCAGUUUUGUUGUUUCCAUCCAUCCCUGCACUUUGGGUAAAACCUUGUUCAGUUUCUUAGGAAUUGCAGCAGACUCAUUGGGCUACAUUUAGUACAAGAACCACAUAUUGAUGUUAAAGGACACAGUCUAGUGAUGCCACCAUCCUUGAGUAAGAACUACCUCUAGAUUGUGGUAAGCGUUUACUGUCCCUUAAACAGCGGCCACUAGUACCUUACAAACGCAGACUAACUUCUAAUGGCGGUUUGUCUUUCUGGCUAUCUGGGCGUCUGAAAGUUUUCACGUAGACCCUUAGCCUCCCGUCAGGACCAUUGCUUUCCAGCUUUGCUGCCUUUCUCUCUCUGUCUCAUAGACUGUGCCACUGUAAAUGCCACUCCGAACACCUUUAAACUGCCUCCUCCUUGUUUGUCAAGGGGAAGGCCACCUGUAAAAUGUGGUGGUGACAGCCUUCUUACUCACCCCAAGCUGGGGCUGCGCUGGACAGCCAUUUCUCUUGAGAUCAGCUGCAGCCCGCUGCCUCCCCACCUCACACCUCCAGGCUGUGUCAGUGGUGCAGGGCGGAGCUCACUGUGGCCUUACCUAUCUGUGCAGUAACUGUUCUUGGUUCCCUUCAGCCCUGCUUCUUUCCAAGCACCUCUCCUCAGCUGCCAUGGAAGCAGGGCACUGCGGUCUGGAGCAGUUUGCAGUGCCGCUGUGCUUUCUGAGGGCCUAGAUUUAGGGUUUAGUUAGGUCGUUAACUGAGAACAGAUGAGAUGCUUUUGAAGAACAAACUAUUCCUUACCCAGCUUUGUAGCUUAAAGUAAGUUUUCAAGUUCAUGGCUUUAUUAAAAUGAACUUUGACUUUUUAAAAUGCUUAUAUCUCAUUUCGGUUCUUUUGUUUAUUUUAGUAAGAAUUGAAACAAUUAGACUAUAAGUCGUUUUCCUGUUUGUUUGUUUGUUUUUUUUACAAAGUUCAAGAAUGUAACAAUAAAGGCAUUUUCCUAUGGUUUUAUGUCAGACUCCUACCACAGAGUAGCCUGAACAGAUACGUCUGUUUUACCAUGUUCUUGAUAGUUCUUUUGUCAGCUGCUUUUAUUAAAAGUCCUUUCUGUGGAUUUGUAAGUCAGUUUCAGUAUGUGAUGUACAGGAGUCUUGUCCCGGUUACUGUGGAAUGUUCCCUCCCUGUUGAUGCUGUUGUAGAUGCUGGCCCUUUAUCCUCUUACCUUCUUAGAGCGGGAAUUCUUCAGUCGUGGUGUGUGGGUGUGUUUUUCCAUUCUGUUUAGUGAGUCUACACAGCUUCUUAAAACAUGUCUAAAUGCAGAGUCCGAGACCCACGGUGUAUUUCAGCUCCUUGAAUUUGUCAAGAGAUUGGAAGGCAGGCCAGAAACUGAAAAUGUGGGCUGUCCUUUGUGCAGUUGCAGAGCGGAACACUGGGACUUUGAGCUGCUGACUACUCAGACUGCGGCGGCUUCCCUGUGUACAGUAAAAUGCCUGCCAUUCUUACUGCCACCAUCUUAACCUUAACAAUUUUGUUUCUUUUCUGUGUGGUGCUGGGGUCACAAAUCUAGGGCCUCAGGCUUCUUUGCUAAGGCUUUUUGUUAGUGUUUUCAGGAGACAAGGGUCUCACCCAUGUAGCCCCUCAGGGCAUUCUUGAAAGUUCCUGCCUUAGUCUCCAGGUCCUGGGGUGGGUACCAGCUAUGGCCGGGUGCCUGUACUGCUUUUGCCUAGAGAACCUGGUCUGUGUUCAACCACAGAGGAAUUCCAAUGCAAUUUUUAAUAAUUAAUCCACUAGUUAUUUAAUCAAAAUCUUCUUGUGGGAAGAGAUUCCUGUUUGAAAGAAAAUGUUAAUUGAUUAUUAACCAAGUUAACAGACAUCGUUUUCCAAAGCAGCUGUGUCUCUGGUGAGUACUGAACAAAUGUGCGAACUUCUUGUCACUUUUGAUUUACUUUUCAAGCACUGUUACUUGGGAUGGAUGGUUAGAAACAUAAUAACCCUUUCAGGACUGAGCUGUAUCGCCUUCUAUUGAUUUCUCCCUGUGUCAUGAUAAAUGUUUGCCAGUGUUCAGUACUGUGUCGGUCCAGAUGUAGGUUUAUGUAAAAGCUCAGUUUUAGCUUAUUUCUUGUACCUUGCAGCAUGCUCUACACAUUCAGUCCUUAAGGGGUUUACUUUACAAACUGUGCGUCUGUAAGGGUUAUUAGCAAUAAGAUAGAAAAUCGAGCAAGUUUAUACCAUAAUUUUGUAGAAAAAGGAAUCUGCUCAAUUCCAUAUUUCAUCCAUGAAAACUCUGCAAUACGGGCAGUUUCUAGGAAUAAAUAAAAAGGAAAUGUCAACCAUUGUAAAUGUCUUCUGUGGGAUGUGCCCAAUGCAUGUAUCAUCGUCUUUGACUUCAGAUACUUCAUAAAGAUAAAAUUAAAUUCUAUAUUACAGUU